ACAUUAUAAUAUUUGUGAGAAGUUGGGGUCUCCAUGGGCAUUGUGAUCCAGGUAGUGGAUUAGGAGGCCAGAAGGAGAUCCCUUCCAGGGUGCUAGCUGAGAUGGGUCUGCUCAGGGCCCAACAGCUGGCUGCAGAGCUGGAGGUGGAGAUGAUGGCCGAUAUGUACAACAGAAUGACCAGUGCCUGCCACCGGAGGUGUGUGCCUCCUCACUACAAGGAAGCAGAGCUGUCCAAGGGCGAGUCUGUGCCUGGACCUAUGUGUGUCAUCCAUGAGCGGGUGGGCAGAAAGUUGACAGAGUUGUCUGUGCAGGAUGAAGAGCUGAUGAAGAGGGAGCAGCAGAGCUCUGGGCCCGCGUGAGAUCCCAGUCAGUAUACACCCUGGGCUACACCCCACCCCUCCCCACUUGAAUAAAAGUGCCCCCUGUUGAGUGUCAUUUGCGAA